ACCUCGCUCCGAAAACUUUUCCACGUCAGUCAUUUAUGUACUAUCCGUUCUAUUUCAACUAUUCGUGUAGCUGCUUAUGUUCUUUACAGUAUUGUGGGGUAUACACAGCGAAUUAUUUUUUACAUCCUUACAACCGGUUUGACGAUUACAUCUGUACUGCAUUUGUUAUUGCUAUCAAGUGAACGGUUUGUUUCACUUUAUUAUGCACUUCGCUAUACUGUUAUUAUUACGAAAAAAAGACUUAUAGUUUUAUCAUUAAUGGCAUGGAUUAUUGGGGCAUUUGUUGCUAUCAUCCAACUUAGUUAUAUAAUUCCUUUUAUAAAAGCACCACACAGACAUCAUGUAAAAUAUGAGCUCAGCAAUAAAAUAUACACUGUUGUUACGAUUGGUUUAUUUUCCGUAAUACCAAUAUUUGUGUUGCUCUUUCAAUAUAUUUGGUUGUUUUGUUUGAUCCGCCGUCUACUAAAAGAAAAUUCAAGAAAUCACCUAAAAAGAUUUUGUUUACGCGAGUCAAGAGGUAUCAUAGUCAAUUGUAUAAUGUUUGUUACCUUUAUUUUAUUUUGCUUUCCUUAUUUAUUAAUGAAAGUUCUUCUUUGUUUGACUUAUCAUGCAUUCAGCAAACUUCCAAGUGAAUUUCUUGAAGCUUUAUUUCUUCUCAGAUUCACUAUCUCACUAACUAAUCCAUUGAUAUAUGCAUUUUAUAAAAAAGACUUUAAAGAAUCCAUACUGAAAAGUUUUUCAACUUCAUCGAAAUCAAUUUUGGAAGUGGAAAGUAAACUAAAGUUAAAUCGAAGAAAUUAAAACUUUGAUUAAAGUGAAAACAAAAAGUGAAAACAUUGAGUUUCAAAUUUAACAUUGAGAAUAAUAAAAAAAGUUUUUAGAAUGGGUAGAAAGACAACAAAACAUCUACAAAAAAAAAAAUGGUUAUAAAUGCAAUUAGGAGCAAUUCUAGAAAUAAAAUGACUAAGGGGUGGAGGAGGGGGUGGUAGAGGGAAGAGAGAAGCGGGGUCAAAUCCUUAAAACUACUGAAUGCUUUCAUAAAAAAAAAGAAACUAUAAGUUAGCUUAUAGUUCCUUAAUCCUCCAAAAAUAGCUUUUUUGGAGGAUUGUCACACCACCCGCUCCUGUUCCCAGUAAAAUCGCUCUUGAACGAAAUGUGUGUUUGCAUAACUUAAAUAUGUAUUUUAACAUUAUGUAAUUUACGUUAAUUAUUAAAAGUAAUCCUUAAUACA